AGGUGGGCAGGAGGGUGAGCGGGCAGAGGGAGAGCCAGUGGCUCAGAGACCAUGGCUCUGACUGUGCGUGUGAAUAGACUGACAGGGCUGCCUGGCACCCACGACCGACAAGUGAAGCUCAGCUUCCGAGGCUUUACCCAGAAAACAAGGAAAAUUCACUGUGGCCAAGAAGCAGACAUUGGUGAGGUGUUCCACUGGCCCCACUACGGGGCCCCACUGGCUGGGGAGAGUCUGUCUGUGCAGGUGAUCAACUGCAGUCUUGUGUUCAGCCCCAGGCCUCUGGGGACCCUGGUGAUCUCCCUGCAGCAGCUGCAGAGUGCUGGGAGAUUGGUGCUUCAGGAGGCCCUAGUGGAUGAGAAACUGCGAGUGUCCCCGAUCCAGGUGGAGCUUGACCUGAAGUAUCAGCCCCCUGAGGGAGCUGCUGGAGCUUGGGCAGAGGAGGACUUUGGGACGCCCCUCAGGGACAGCUCAGAGUUGAUCAUCCCCAAUGUGGGCUUCCAAGAGCUGGAGCCUGAGGAGGCUCGGCUAGAGCGACAGGCUGUCGCUCUGGGCCGCAGGCUAGCUCGAAGCCUAGGUACACAGGAUGAUGAGGAGAAUGAACUGGAGCUGGAGCUGGAGCUGGAGGAUGAACCAGAUGUGGAACUUUCUGGAGUGGUGUUCAGCCCCCUUAAGAGCCGAACCAGGGGCCUGGCCCGCGGGGAUCCCUCCCAAGUGUCCAGAACCCACGACUUCCAGGUGGGGGUGACGGUGCUUGAGGCACAGAAGCUGGUGGGAGUCAACAUUAACCCUUACGUAGCUGUGCGCAUUGGGGAGCAGAGAAGAGUGACAGCCACACAGCGUGGGACUAACUGCCCCUUCUACAAUGAGUACUUCUUGUUUGAGUUUCAUGAGACCAAGCUUCACCUCCAAGACCUGCUGCUGGAGAUCACGGCUUUCCAUUCACAGACCCUCCCAUUUAUGGCCACCCGGAUAGGCACCUUCAGGAUGGACCUUGGCAUGGUCUUUGACCAGCCAGAUGGCCACUUCUACCAAAAGUGGGCCCCUCUGCAUGACCCGCGGGACACCCGCGCUGGCACCAAGGGCUUCGUCAAGGUCACCGUGUCGGUGAGGACGCGCGGAGACCUGCCCCCUCCACUGCCACCCGCGAGCCCCGGGCACAGCUCGGACCUGGAGAAGAACCUGCUCCUGCCGCGCGGCGUGCGGGCCGAGAGGCCGUGGGCACGGCUGCGCGUGCGCGUGUACCGCGCCGAGGGGCUGCCCGCGCUGCGCCCGGGCCUGCUGGGCAGCCUGGCACGUGCCCUGUCCGAUCAGCGCGUGCUCCUGGACCCCUACGUGCGCGUGUCCUUCCUGGGGCAGCAGGGUGAGACCUCCGUGCGCGCCCAGACCACGGCGCCCACGUGGGACGAGCAGCUGAGCUUCGUGGAGCUCUUCCCGCCGCUCACGCGCAGCCUCCGGCUGCAGCUGCGGGACGACGCGCCCCUGGAGGACGCGGCGCUCGCCACGCACGUGCUGGACCUCAGGCAGAUCUCCAACGCAGGCCGCGCCGCGGGGUUUAACCCCACCUUUGGCCCAGCUUGGGUGCCCCUUUAUGGCUCGCUCCCCAGCAGGGGGCUCCGGGAUAAUCUUCAAAGUCUCAACGAAGGCCUCGGCCAAGGCAUUUGGUUCCGUGGCCGACUUCUCGUGGCCGUGUCCAUGGAGGUAUCCGAGGGGAGAGUUGAACCCGAGACCCCUCAGACCCCCCAGGGGUCCAGAUUGUCUCGGCUUACAGGAAAGAAGAAGAAGAAGAAGAAAGCCAAGGGAGGAGGCCAGACCUCGGCUAGGGUUUCGCAGCCCAUGGACACCGGUGUGGAUGGGCCUGAGAUUCCUAGCACGAUGGAGGUGGAAGUGGAGGAGCUGCUGCCCCUGCCGGAGAGUGCCCUGGCACCUUGUGAAGACUUCCUGCUUUUUGGAGUGCUCUUCGAGGCCACCAUGAUUGACCCCACUGUAGGCUUGCAGCCCAUCAGCUUCGAGAUUUCCAUUGGCUGUGCAGGCCGCAGGGAAGAGCAGCUGAGCCGAGGGUCCGGGGACAGGGAGAAGGCCGAGGGCACAGAGGAGGCACAGCCUCUCCUGGAAUCUGACAACACGGGGGCUGAGCUGGAAGUAGAGGAGGUGCUGGGGACCCCUGUUGAGCGGCCUGAGCCAGUGGAUGGUAGCGGGCCCUACCUCUGCCUGCCGCUUCGUCACCGCAAGCCCUGCGUGCACGUGUGGAGCCGCUGGGAGGAUUACACAUGGCGCCUGCAGAGCAGCAACUGCGUGUGCAAAGUGGCAGAGAGGCUGGACCAGGGCCUACAGGAAGUUGAGAAGAUACAGCGAAGGUCUGGACCAGGUGCCUGUGCCCGGCUCAAACAGGCUCUAGAAGAGCUGGUGGCUGGGAGCAGACAAUUUUGUCGUGGUGCUAAGCGCAGAACAAUGACCCGCCCCAACGCCCUGGAUCGAUGCCGAGGGAAACUGUUAAUGCACAACCUGAACCUGUUGGCAAAGCAAGGACUGAGGCUUCUUCGGGGUCUGGGACAGGGGAAUAUGCAAAAGAAGAUGGCACUGGCCAAGAAACUCCUAGCCAAACUGCAUUUUCUGGCUCAGGAGCCUCAGCCGCCUCUCCCCGAUGUGCUCAUCUGGAUGCUCAGUGGGCAGCGCCGUGUGGCCUGCGCCCGGAUCCCGGCCCAGGACGUGCUGUUCUCUGUGGUUGAGGAGGAGCGAGGCCGAGACUGCGGGAAGAUCCAGAGUUUGCUGCUCACAGUGCCUGGAGCAACCCCUGGGGAUGUCUGUGCCAAGCUGGAGCUCUUCCUGUGGCUGGGGCUGGGCAAGCAAGCCAAGGCCUGCACCUCCGAGCUGCCCCCAGACCUGCUGCCUGAGCCCUCAGCCGGGCUGCCCCACAGCCUGUACCGGGACGACUUUAGGUACUUCCAGCUGCGAGCUCACCUGUACCAGGCUCGAGGCGUGCUGGCCGCGGAUGACAGUGGCCUCUCGGACCCUUUUGCUCGAGUCCUCAUCUCUACCCACUGCCAGACCACGAGGGUCCUGGAGCAGACGCUGAGCCCCCUGUGGGAUGAGCUCCUGGUGUUCGAGCAGCUGAUCGUGGACGGCAGGCGGGAGCAGUUGCAGGAGGAGCCGCCCUUGCUGGUCAUCAAUGUCUUUGACCACAAUAAGUUUGGGCCUCCUGUGUUUCUGGGCCGAGCACUGGCUGCGCCGAGGGUGAAGCUGACAGAGGACCCAUACCAGCGCCCUGAUCUGCAGUUCUUCUCCCUGAGGAAGGGAUCCCGGGCAGCUGGAGAGCUCAUCGCCACCUUCGAACUCAUCGAACUGGACUACGGGGGCGGGCUGGAGCCCUCAGUGCCCCGUGAUGUGGAGCCUCAGGAUCUGAAGGCCCUGCUGGACCCCCUGUCCGGACGCCUGUCCCUGCCACCCAGCGUGCGUCCCGUGCUGAGGGAGUUCCGUGUGGAGGUGCUGUUCUGGGGUCUGCGGGGUCUCGGUCGUGUGCACCUGUUUGAAGUGGAGCAGCCCCAGGUUGUGCUGGAAGUGGCAGGGCGACGUGUGGACUCCGAGGUCCUGGCCAACUACCGUGAAAGCCCCAACUUCACAGAGCUCGUCCAGCACCUGACUGUGGACUUACCGGAACAGCCGUAUUUGCAGCCUCCACUCAGCAUCCUGGUGAUUGAGCGCCGGGCUUUUGGCCGCACAGUCCUUGUGGGUUCCCACAUUGUCCCCCACAUGCAGCGCUUCACGUUCCAUGCUCAUGAGGAUCCCCCCGAAGAGGAAGCAGAGGAGGAAGAGGCAGGGGACACAAUGCCAAAGGGACCUCAAGGACAGAAGUCUCUGGAUCCUGCCCUGGAUGAAGCAGGGAUAUCCAGAGGGCUCCUGAAGACUCCUUUGAAGAAGCUCACCCUGGGAGGCCUCCUAGGUCAAGGUCUUGAACUGGAAGAGGACAUUCCGGACCCGGAAGAGCUUGACUGGUGGUCCAAGUACUAUGCCUCUCUGCAGGAGCUCCAGAGACAGCCCACCUUGGAUGAGGACGAAAUGGCUGAUCCUGGCGAUUCAGAUGGGGCCAACCUCAUUUCUGUGGAUGGGGAGGCCCAGGACCAGGGCGAGGCUGAUGUCAAAGGCUCUGCAUCUCAGAAAAAAACCAUUGCCACCCUGAAGAUCUACAAUUGCACGCUGGAGGAAGAGUUCAACAACUUUGAAGACUGGCUGAAUGUGUUUCCUCUAUACCGAGGGCAAGGAGGCCAGGAUGGAGAUGGGGAGCAAGAGGGCUCUGGACACCUAGUGGGCAAGUUCAAGGGCUCCUUUCUUAUUUACCCUGAGUCAGAAGCCUCAUCCUUCUCUGAGCCCCAGAUAUCCAGAGGGAUCCCCCAGAACCGACCCAUCAAGCUCCUGGUCAGAGUUUACAUUGUAAAGGCUACAAACCUCGCUCCUGCCGACCCCAAUGGCAAAGCAGACCCCUAUGUGGUGGUUAGCGCUGGCAAGGAGCGGAAGGACACGAAGGAGCGCUACAUCCCUAAGCAACUCAACCCCAUCUUUGGAGAGGUCCUGGAGUUGAGCAUCUCUCUUCCCGCUAAGCCAGAGCUGACAGUGGCCGUAUUUGAUCACGACCUCGUGGGUUCUGACGACCUCAUUGGGGAGACCCAUGUUGACCUGGAGAACAGGUUCUAUAGCCACCACAGAGCAAAUUGUGGGCUGGCCUCCCAAUAUGACACGGAUGGGUACAACACCUGGCGGGAUGCCUUCCGGCCCUCGCAGAUCCUGGCGGGGCUGUGCCAACGGUGUGGCCUCCCUGCUCCCGAAUACAGAGUCGGGGCUGUCAAGGUGGGCAGCAAAGUAUUUCUGACACCGCCUGGGAUCCUGCCCCCAGGUGAUAUGGGUUCCAAGGUGGCAAGUGGUGCCCCUGAGGAGGCCCAGGCACUGCUUGUGCUGCGGCGUUGGCAGGAGAUGCCAGGGCUUGGGAUCCAGCUGGUACCAGAGCAUGUAGAAACACGGCCCCUCUACCAUCCCCGCAGCCCAGGGCUGCUGCAGGGAUCCCUCCAUAUGUGGAUUGACAUCUUCCCCAGCGAUGUGCCUGCCCCACUUCCGGUUGACAUCAAACCUCGGCAGCCAAUCAGCUAUGAGCUCAGAGUUGUCAUCUGGAACACAGAAGACGUGGUUCUGGAUGAUGUGAAUCCGCUCACUGGAGAGAUGUCCAGUGACAUUUAUGUAAAAAGCUGGGUGAAGGGGCUGGAGCAUGACAAACAGGAGACAGAUGUCCACUUCAACUCCCUCACUGGGGAGGGGAACUUCAACUGGCGCUUUGUGUUUCGCUUUGAUUACCUGCCCACGGAGCGGGAGGUGAGCGUGCGGCGCAAGGCCGGGCCAUUCGCCCUGGAGGAGGCUGAGUUCCGGCAGCCGGCCGUGCUGGUCCUGCAGGUGUGGGAUUAUGACCGCAUCUCCGCCAACGACUUCCUCGGAUCCCUGGAGCUGCAGUUACCGGACAUGGUGCGGGGUUCCCGGACCCCAGAGCUCUGCUCCAUCCAGCUGGCCCGCCACGGGGCCGGGCCCAGGUGCAACCUGUUCCGCUGCCGCCGUCUGCGGGGCUGGUGGCCGGUGGUGAAGCUGCGGGAGGCGGAGGACGAGGCCCGCGAGGCCCGGGAGGCGGCAGGCAGGAAGAGGCGGAGGAAGAGGAGGAGGAAGGGGCGCCCCGAGGACCUGGAAUUCACCGACGGCGGCGGCCACGUCUACGCGCUCAUGGGGAAGGUGGAGGCCGAGUUCGAGCUGCUCCCUGUGGAAGAGGCGGAGAAGCGGCCGGUGGGGAAGGGGCGGAAGGAGCCCGAGCCCCUGGAGAAACCAAACCGCCCCAAAACCUCCUUCAACUGGCUGGUGAACCCGCUGAAGACCUUCGUCUUCUUCAUCUGGCACCGGUACUGGCACAUCCUGCUGCUGCUGCUGGUGCUGCUGCUGCUCACCAUCUUCCUCCUGCUGGUCUUCUACACCAUCCCUGGGCAGAUCAGCGAGGCCAUCUUCAGCCCACUCCACAAGCCCUCGGGCUCCGGCUGA